AUGCGACGGGCGAAGUCCUUAAGGAUCGGCGUUCACAUCGCCAACGCGGUCGUAUGGGGACCAGUGUAUAGAACGCACCUCAGAAGCCUUGACGCGAACCGGGUCGAACAACUUUUCGGACGCGGUCGACGUCGACGUCGACUUCGUCGUCGUCGUCGUACUUGUAACGCUCGAUUUCGAUGCGUUACCAGGGCCCUUCAACAAGGUAGUAGUACCCUUCGUCUUAGUCGUCUUCGCCGCCGUCGUCUUCGCGUCUGUGAUGCGCUUCUCGCGCUCCUCCAGACGCUUCUUCGCCUCUCUCGCCCGCCGCUCGCGUUCCGUCGCGUUUUCCCUCUCUCGCUUCGCCCGUGCGAUCGCAUCCUCCCGUCUCUGCGUCUCCGCGCGCGCUCUCAGGCGCUCGAGCUCCGUCUUCCGCGACGCCUCCGCGCGCGCGCGAGAGAUCGUCUCUUUCAUCUCGCGCUCGAUUUUCUUCGCGCGGAUGCGAUCCUUCGCGGAGGGAACCCGAGAUGUGGGCUCGCGCGUCGUCGUCGUCGCGGCGUCCGCCUCGCGCGCCUUUUUCGCUCGCACGUGCGCCGUCCACGCGACGAGCGCGACCGCGCUCGCGCCGAGAAACUUCCGCGCGUCGUCGUCGUCGUCGUCGUCGUCGGCGGCGGCGACGGCGACGUCGGCGACGUCGGCGACGGCGUCGUCGUCGUCGUCGUCGUCGGCGUCGUCAUCGCCGGGAUCGGUCUUCUGAUUCGUCCUCUCCCUCCCGCGACGAAUCUUCGACGGCGGCGAGGGGCCGAAGUACUGAUCGACGUACGACACCCUCCCGCGCUCUUUGCCCUGCGGGAACGCGCGCGCGCGGACGCCCGCGGCGCUCGUCGCGGCGUCGCGGCGUCGUCGCGUCGGGAACGCCGUCGGCGCGGCGACGCGGCGGCGCGCGGUCGGCAGAUCGUCGACGCGGGACGUCGAAUGGGAGAAAUCGCACGAGAGAAUGAUCGACGACGACUCCGCGCCCGCGCGCGACGACGACGCGCGGCGACGCGUCGCGUCCGCGCGCGUCGCGGACGACGCGCGCGCCGCGCGUCCGCGCGAUACCGCGGGCGUCGGCGAGGGCGCGCGGCGUGUCGCCAUCGCGGCUCGCAUCGCGGCUGGGUGCGCGCGGCGACACUGGUGGAUCCGGCAGAAAAGCGGGGCCAACGGGUGCAAAAUUAA